UGGCAGAACAAUUGAUUCGUUUUAUCACAAAAAACAAGAGAUAUUCACCUAGGAAAGUUUAUAAAUAAGAAGAUUUCUAAUUCAUCUUUACUCUUUUUUACAAAAGGGGGUGAAAUGGAUAAGACAAAGCUUUUAGUUAGCGGGUGGGAGGUUAAUUCCCUUACCAAUACUUUAUUGGUAUUACUCGUUAGCUCUCUUUCAUUAUUUAUAUUGCAAAAAAUUGUGAAGAAAUUAUGGAGUGGGAAAAAGCUUCCUCCUGGACCUCUAGGUUUGCCAGUACUAGGAUAUAUUCCUUUUCUGGGUCCUGAACCUCAUAAAAAAAUUAACAGUUUGAGAAAAAAAUAUGGUGACAUUAUAGGUUUGUAUUUGGGAACAAAAUAUACAGUAGUUCUAAACGAGUAUUCCAUAAUGAAGGAAGUAUAUUCUAAUCCAGCAAGUUUAGAUAGAGCAGUUGAGCAAUUUGGCCAUAUAGCUGAUUUCGGUUUCGGCAAUUUGAAUGGAAAGGCAUGGCAAGAUCAAAGGAAAUUUACAAUGUCUACAAUGAAAGAUUUGGGUAUCGGAAAAGAAUAUUUCGAAGAAGUGGUCAGGGAUGAAGUAGCUGAAUUUAUAAAAUAUUUGAAGACACUUGAUGGAAAGCCAACACAUAUCUUUCAACCCUUGCAGUUUUCAAUAGCUUCGAACAUUAUUGCCUUCUUGAUUGGGAGGAAACUGGACAAGGUAAAAGAAGCAGACAUCAUUCAGCUUUCAAUGGAUUUUAACCGAAUAAUCUUUCAAGUCAGCGGGACAACAAUGGCUGUUGUUAACGUGCCCGGCCUUUCAAAACUUUAUCAAUUCCUGGGUAUUGCUGGUUUCAAAGAGGCUGCUCGUGUCUCCAAAGAUUUCAAUGGUUUCUUCAGGAGGGAGGUGGAAAAUCGCUUGAAAUCAUCGAGCUCCCAAGUAUCUCAUGAUUUUCUAGGUGUUUAUUUAGAAGAAUUAAGUAAAUUAGGAAGCGAAGCUAGAGAAAAGUAUUUUUCAGAAAAAAUGUUGGUGGGCAAUGCUGUUAUAUUGUUUGUUGGGGGAAGUGACACAAUUUUCGCUUCAUUGAUUUGGCUGUUGAGAUUGAUGGCGGAUCGUAAAGAUGUGCAAGACAAAGUGUACGCCGAAAUAAAGAGUGUUCUUGGAAUGGACGGUAAAGCAAAAUAUGAAGAAAGAGAUUUGAUUCCUUACACUUUUGCUGUACUAAUGGAAGCGCAACGAUAUUCUGGUUUCGUCAGAAUACCUGCAAGUAGAAUAGCCACCGAAGAAAUAAACAUUAAGGGAUAUACCAUACCUAAGGGAUCAUAUAUCUGCAGUAAUCUUUGGGCUAUUCAUCAUGAUCCAAAUUAUUGGAAAGAGCCCAUGAAAUUUAAGCCUGAAAGAUUUUUAUCUGAUGAUGGUAAAAAGCUUUUGAAAAGUCCUCCUAGUUUUGCUCCAUUUUCAAUAGGAAGAAGAAAUUGCCCCGGUGGAGUAACUGCUUGGAUGGAAAUUCUUUCUUAUUUUACUGAGAUUAUGAAAUAUUAUGAAGUUUCUACUGCACCAGGAGAAAAAGUAGAUUUCACAGCAACACCUGGUCUCAUUGCGGCCCUACUCCCUCAACAACUCUCCUUCAAGCUGAGAUAAGGGAAAUGAUAAUCGCCAAAAAAAUUGAAGUUUGAAAUCGGACUUGAGAAAAUUCUACAUCAAUAGAAAACUUGUGAUGCAUGAAAUACGCAAUAAAGAAGAAAACAUGAUUUGAAUUUUUUCAGUUCUGACGCAGUGUAUGACAAAAAUGUAUUGUUUUAUUAUUAUUAUUACAAUAAAGUUUUCUCAGUUUAUUUCUUU